UACUUGUUUUUUGUGCUUUUCUUCGUGGUUGGAUGUGUCGUCGGUCGGUUCGUGUCGUCGUCGAAUAUUAAUAUAAUUUGAAAAAUUCUAUUGCAUUGCGUCGUCAGAAAACAAUAACAAAAACCGCAAAGAAAUCCAGCUUAAUUAAAUAUAAAUAUAUUUUUGAAACAAGAAACGUGAGCAAAAGUAAUCAUGUCGGAGGCAGAACUUCAAGAGACCAAUGGAACUAGCGAAGUACCAGAGAUUGAAUUGAUAAUUAAGGCUUCCACAAUCGACGGACGUCGCAAAGGAGCAUGUCUGUUCUGUCAGGAAUACUUUAUGGACCUGUAUUUGUUGGCCGAAUUGAAGACAAUCAGCCUAAAAGUGACCACAGUUGAUAUGCAAAAACCACCACCAGAUUUCCGCACGAAUUUCGAGGCAACUCAUCCGCCAAUUCUAAUUGACAACGGUUUGGCCAUUUUGGAGAAUGACAAAAUCGAAAGGCACAUCAUGAAAAGUAUCCCUGGUGGAUAUAAUCUUUUUGUACAGGACAAGGAAGUUGCCACACUCAUUGAAAAUCUGUAUGUCAAACUUAAGCUGAUGUUGGUCAAGAAGGAUGAAGCUAAAAACAAUGCCUUACUUUCACAUUUGAAGAAGAUCAACGAUCAUCUGGCCAAUCGCAACACACGUUUCCUAACUGGCGACACCAUGUGCUGUUUCGAUUGUGAACUAAUGCCACGUCUGCAACACAUUCGAGUGGCUGGAAAAUAUUUCGUAGAUUUUGAAAUACCCACUCAUUACACCGCUCUGUGGCGAUACAUGUACCAUAUGUAUCAAUUGGAUGCCUUCACUCAAUCGUGUCCGGCCGAUCAGGAUAUCAUCAAUCACUACAAAUUGCAACAAAUGUUGAAAAUGAAGAAGCACGAAGAGUUGGAAACACCCACCUUCACCACAUCCAUUCCAAUCGAUAUAUCUGAAUAAGAAGUUAUUUUGUAGUAUACCACACUUACUUGUCUCUAUUCAAUCCAAACAGUGCGCACCGCCGUGCUGCUCUUGCAACUACGAGUAUUCUACAAAUUCUUAAUAAUUAUUUGUUUUAUUUUAAUUUCUAUUCUAUUUUUUUGCUCUUGCUUAAUUUAAUUAAAAUUUUGUUUAAUUUUUACAAAAUCCUCCCCCCUCCACCCACUUUUUGAAUAGUGCAAAACUGACAAGAUUAUCACAAUUACAUAAAUAAAUAUAUUUUUUAAAAUAUCUUAAUUUUGAACAAGAUAUUAGUUUUCGGGCGCUAUGUAUCGUCCAUAUCAAUAAUUUUUUGAAAGAAAGCGACCUUGAUUUUGUUUUUUUUUUUUUUCAAUAUUUUUGUUAAUAUGUAUUAAGUUGAAGUGUGUUUUUUUAUUACAUCUAAUAAUGUUCCUCCUUAGCUCACUGAAUCUUCCAAAUGGAUAAAUAAGCUGAUUAUAAAUUUUGAAUGAAGUUUCAAUAUGUAAUUACAUUUUCCUAUUUGGCAGUUGAAACAUGGACUCUUGACAGUAUCUAAAACAGUUUAAAUAACAAUGACCAUUCUAUUCGCAUUUGUACUAACAAAAAGUGUGUUUUUUUAACAUAUACAUUUUUUUUAAUUCAUAUAAAUUUAUUUAAAGAAAAAAAUAUAAUUGCAUAUAAUUUUUUUGUAUAUACACAUACAAUUUCAAAACAAACAAAAAUAAAGUAUUUCUUAUAUUUGAUACUAAUAAAAUAA